UUCCUCCACCCAAAUCACCCCCCACCCAUCCCCACUCUCAGAUCUCGGAAGGAAAGAAUGGCCGACUCCUCCACCACGCCGCACUCCAACGGCGGCACCGUCGCCGUCGCCGUCGCCGAGGAGGAGGAGGCCCCCACCGUGCCCCGCUCCCCGGCGCCACCGCGGAAGGUGGCGCUGGUGACGGGCAUCACGGGGCAGGACGGGAGCUACCUGACGGAGCUGCUCCUGUCCAAGGGGUACGAGGUGCACGGCCUCAUCCGCCGCUCCUCCAACUUCAACACCCAGCGCCUCGACCACAUCUACCACGACCCGCACGCCACCCCCUCCGCCGCCCGCCCGCCGAUGCGCCUCCACUACGCCGACCUCUCCGACUCCUCCUCCCUCCGCCGCGCGCUCGACCACGUCCUCCCCGACGAGGUCUACAACCUCGCCGCCCAGUCCCACGUCGCCGUCUCCUUCGAGGUCCCCGACUACACCGCCGACGUCACCGCCACCGGCGCGCUCCGCCUCCUCGAGGCCGUCCGCCUCUCCGCCAAGCCCAUGCGCUACUACCAGGCCGGGUCCUCCGAGAUGUUCGGCUCCACGCCGCCGCCGCAGAGCGAGGCCACGCCCUUCCACCCGCGCUCCCCCUACGCCGCCGCCAAGGUCGCCGCGCACUGGUACACCGUCAACUACCGCGAGGCCUACGGCAUCUUCGCCUGCAACGGCGUGCUCUUCAACCACGAGUCCCCACGCCGCGGCGAGAACUUCGUCACCCGCAAGAUCACCCGCGCCAUCGGCCGCAUCAAGGUCGGGCUCCAGACCAAGGUCUUCCUCGGCAACCUCUCCGCCGCCAGGGAUUGGGGCUUCGCCGGGGAUUACGUCGAGGCCAUGUGGCUCAUGCUCCAGCAGGACAAGCCUGAUGACUAUGUCGUCGCCACCGAGGAGUGCCACACCGUGGAGGAGUUCUUGCAGGCCGCCUUUGGGUACGCCGGCCUCAACUGGAAGGAUCAUGUGGUCAUCGACAAGAAGUACUUUCGCCCUUCCGAGGUGGACUGCCUUCAGGGAGAUUCAUCCAAGUCGAGGAGAGUGCUUGGGUGGAAGCCCAAGGUUGGCUUCCAGCAGCUUGUUGAGAUGAUGGUUGAUAACGACAUCGAGCUUGCCAAGAAGGAGAAGGUCCUUGUGGAUGCUGGGUACCGCGACCCCAAGCAGCAGCCAUAGAGUCGGUAUCGAUAGUUUGAUUAAAAUGGAGCCUGGUUUGGAUUUGCCCCCCCCCCCCCCCCCCCCCCCUAGAAGCUGAUACAGUGUGGCCAUUGCAGUAGAAGUUGGCUCAAGUUAUUGUUGUUUGUCUCAGGGUAGAAAUAAGGAGGUUUGCAGUUUGAUCCUACAGUACCGUUGAUUAAGUUACUAUGUGACGUACUUUUAUCAUAUGAAUGAAUCAGUCAAUUGAUACCAUACCGUUUUGAAGCAAA